CAAAAAACUAGUAUUCUUCCUUUUGCAAAAAUUGAUAAAUGUCUGGAUACGGAAGUUUCAGCUGAAAUAAAUAAUAACAAUAAGGAAACAGAAUUAGAAAAUCUCAUUACACAAUUUCAGGAUUUAAAAAAUCCUAAAAACCCUGAGCAUUUAAAUAUUUCUAUACAUGAGUUUAUUGAAAUUGAUAAUAAAUAUGCAACAGAUGAAAUGCCUACAAUUAACGAGCUUAUAGAAGAAAUGCAAAAAAGUGAACCCGAAGAAGAAGAACUAGAGAAGCAAAAACCUGUUACGCCAACUCAAGCUAUUACCAGAAUAGAUUUAGUAUUGGGUUAUAUUAAACAGCUUGAAUCAAAUUUUCAAAUUGAUAUUAAAGUUUUUGCUGAACUUAAACAGAUGCGAAAAGAGCUUGCUUAUUUAACAAAAAAAAAUUCAAAGCAAACAAAAUUGAAUUUGUUUUUUAUUAAAGAAUAA